GAGAGAAAGAUGCUCCCGUGGGUUUUCCCGGUGAGACGGGGAGCUCGCUGGUCCCCCCCUGAGUUCUGGCCAAGCAGAACUGAUGAAGGAGACACGUAUUUAUUUUAAAAGCUAUUUUAAAGGCAUUAUAACUAGUUGGGGGGGCUGCCCGUGCCCUCGCCCACGCGUGAUCGUGCCCGGUGACGAAUAGACGGGACCGCUGGAAAACUCGUCCGCGCCGAGUUCCAGAUUCAUUAAAAUCGGACGAUUGCCAUUUCUAUUCUUUCAGAGGCUUUUCCUCGUCUAUUUACCAUUUACCAGCUCAUCCAUAUGGAAGACAUGGCUUAUACUUCCCUGAGAACUGUACUUUUAGGACUAAUUGAUUCUGGUAAUUAAUUUGUUCUACCUGCUGGAUCAGAUGGAAAUGCUGUCCGUGUGCCCAAGGAUUAGCACUUGCCUUUCUAACAUCUUUCUUAAUUAUCUAAUAGCAUGGGUUGUGCGAAUUCUGGCUCUAUUAGAACACUUUUACUAUUAACGGUAGUGAUUGGAAUUGUGAUGACAACUCGAUUUCAACAAAUUAGAGCUUAAAAUCAGGAGAUGAAGAAGAAGUGCCUUCUUUUAAUUUCCCUGAGUUUAACAUCAAUAAUUAGAGCAAUUUUCUGAGAUGCGAACCGAAAUUAUCUCGGCUCUGAUGUAGUAUAUCACCCUCAUUUUAGCAAAUUGACUCCGGGGAAAUGAAUGUUACAGAUUAGGGGAAGAAAAAAAAGAAAGACAAACAGAGGAAAGACCAAAUAUAAAAAAAAAGAGAGAGAAGCGUUAGCACAACACUGAGCGGGGAAUGGAUGGGAACAAAACCCCAACGGGGCGAUAACCUGAGUGCAAAGACACAAGUUGGGAGCGGAGCGUGGGACAGGUCGGGAAAGCGCCACUAGUUGUUCUUCCUUUUUUAAGAAAAUAAAGGGAAAAACCCUCAUGUUUGGGAAAACUCCCCAACACCAGCGCUGGGACCGGGGCUGAGACGACCGCGCUGCCCGGGGCGGUGCGUCCGCGCUGCGCGUUGCGCGGGGGCGGCUGCGCGGCACCGGAUCCCCCCAGCGCCCCUCCGCAGCCUCUCCGCGCCCCCUCCGCACCGCGGCGGUGGUUUGGGGGGCCCGGCGGGCCCGUCCCCCCGCCCGCACGAUCGCUAUUGGCUCGCUGGAGAACCCCCUUCCCACCUCAAAGGCGCGCAUCUCCCCGCGCAGCUCAAGCCCACCCGCCUCGCAUCCCCCUCGGCUCCUUCAGUUUAUUUCUUGCCUGGGGGGAAAUGUUUGUUUAAUUAUUGUUGUUAUUUCUUUUUGCUCCGGAGUUUGUUUGUUUGUUUGUUUAAUUGUUAUAUAUUAAUUUGUUAUCAUCAUUAUUUUUAUUUAUUAUCUUCGGCCCCGGGAGGUGCAGCCGGCCACCCUCUCUCCUCCAUCAGCCAGCGCUCAGCCCGGCUCGCUGCUUUCCCCGCUGCCCGAGGUGGGGACAACCGAAAUGAACCUCAACUUCACCUCGCCUGUGCACCCCGUCUCGGCACCCAGGCCCACCUCCUUCUUCAUCGAGGAUAUUCUGCUGCACAAGCCCAAACCCUUGCGGGAGGUGCCCCCCGAGCACUUUCCGGGCUCCUUGGCCUCCCGCGUUCCCCUCUUGGACUAUGGGUACCCCCUGAUGCCAACCCCGACCCUCCUGGCGCCCCACCCGCACCCUGCUCUGCACAAGCCGGAGCAUCACCACCAUCCCUACUUCCUCACCACCUCGGGAGUGCCGGUGCCAGCCCUGUUCCAGCACCACGCUCACGCCGAGCUGCCCGGGAAGCAUUGUCGCCGCCGCAAAGCCCGCACCGUUUUCUCCGACUCGCAGCUCUCCGGCCUGGAGAAGAGGUUUGAGAUCCAGCGCUACCUCUCCACGCCCGAACGGGUGGAGCUGGCCACGGCCCUCAGCCUCUCCGAGACACAGGUGAAAACCUGGUUCCAGAACCGGCGGAUGAAGCACAAAAAGCAGCUGCGGAAAACCCAGGACGACCCCAAGCACCCGGGCGGCGAGGAGAGCCGGGAGCAGAGCUCCCCCGAGCCCGAACUGCCCGAGGCGGCCGGUACCGAGCCCCGCAAGGGCCCCCCCGGCCCCUUCCUGCUCCAGGACCCCGAGGACGAGGUGGACAUCCUGGAGGAGGGGGAUCUCUGCCCCCACCGCCUCUAGAACCACCGGGGCCCGGCCCCGGCUCGCCUGCCCCUCCGGGGCGGUUUUGCCCCGGCCCCGCAAGUCGCCCCUACAGCCCAGCCUUGAGUAAUGCCGGAGCCCAAAGGGAAGGGGGGCACGGUUUUGGAAGGAGGUGUUGAUGUGGGGAGAGCCCCCUCCCCGGCGGCCGGGCCCAGGGCGAAGGAAGCGACAGUGUUUCCCCGCCGGCAUCACCCCAAGCCUGAGCUUUGCUUGCAAAUCUGAUGGGGGAGAGCAAAACAAGGCGCGUUUCCUUUAAGUUUCCCCUUCCCUUCGAAAUACCGGACUUUUCUCACUCCCCCGAACUUUCCUCGAUUUUACAAUAAAUGUUUGCGGGUGCCAGCGUGUUGUGGUUACUGAGAGCGGCAGGCAGGGCACGCCGAGCCCGUUAAACUCGCUGUUAAACUCGCUGUUUCCCUCCGUAGUGCGGUAGGUCGGGUUUAAUCCCGGGCUGAGCUUCCAGGACGCGCAUAAACUAAAAGAAAAAAAUAAAUCAAUGUAGAAACGUCCUCCAAAGAAACAGGUAAGAGCAAAAGUACCCUUUAUUUAAUUCCGUUAUGGUGAAGGGAAGGGGGAGCAGCACGAACAAUUCGAUCCUGCUGGGAGCAAAGGCAAUCCCAGCUAGCAAAGAGAUUUUCUACAGCUUGGAGAACACCUGCGUGGGCAGCGUGAUUCCUUCGCGGCUUCCAGGUGUGAAUCACCUUCCGGAUGCUUUUCUUUUCCAAGAACCCCAGAGCUGGCCCCGCGUUUGGUUCCUGUUCCCGUCCGCAUCUGAGCUUCGUAUCGCAGCCAAACGAGCAGUCACCGGCCGUGCUCGCUUUGCCUUUAUCUUCCUGACGGCGAAAUGGUUUUAAUUUCCAGGUCCAGAAUCUUUCCGUGCAUGCGUUGUAAAAGGACUCUGUUCUUACCUUCUGUCUUGACACUGAAGAUAUGACCUGGGGUUUUGUAGUUUUCCAGGCGAGGUGACAGGCUCUGACCAUCAAGAUGUUUCCAUCGAGUCAUCUUUCACCCCCCUCCAAUGAGAUGGAGCAAUGGAUGUCUCAGUUAAGAACAAGAGAGGUGGAUCUUCUCGAAUCUGAAGAGAAAACGCGCUGCUGUAUGUACUGGGACUAUGUCUGAAAUGACGGCCGGCUGCAGAUUCCUUCCCUUUGGUAUGUAGCCUAAGAGGUUCACUGCUGAUCACAGCGUCUGGUCCAUGAAAGCUUUGUAAUUCUGUACCUGCACCAAAAUCGGAGCAGGAGCCUUGUGACGUUGCCUCCUGUUGAUACAUUUCUGUUGGGGAGCUAUUGGAAUGGAGGUAAAAUGAACCCUGUGAGAAGUCCACACUGCUUCCUCCAGCAACUUGGUGGGAUUUCUCUGCCUCCGAAAAUUCCGCUGCUUCUUUUGUGUUCUUCCAGUUAGGAUUGUAUCUCAGGCUGAGAUAUUUGCCCACAGACUGUUGUUUCCUAUUUAAGAAAGAAACACAAAACUAUUUAUGUAAAAAAAAUCUGUGUGCAAUUUGAGCCUACAAAAGUCCUGCAAAUACGAUCAGCUGAAUUAUUUCAGUGCAUAAAUUGUGGCAGUUUAUGGGACUGGGAUCAGGACAAUUUUAUCAAACGUUUUUUAGCAGAAAAUUUAGGCAGGACCUCCUCCUCAUUUUUAAAUUUCAUUACCUCCAACAGGAGGAAAACCAACUGCAGGAAGGGGCCAAAUACAUGCAAAUUGGCUUCCAGGAGACGUGUGGGUAGCGGAAGGAGUAAGAACAGCAGGAGGAAAAGCUUUUGACACUGUUUUCUGCACUGGACUUGCAGUAUGGUUCUGGUUUCUUGGGCACUGACAAAUGGUCAAGCCUUUCUAUAUCUACAUCUAUAGGCACUGAAAGCCGGUUGACUCUUCAGCCCCUAUUAGAAAUGUACUGAUACGCUGGAUUCUCCAAACUGUGGCAUAGUUCAUUGUGUUAACAUUUCCAUAAAUCAUGCACUCUUCCUUUCUAAAUUAGUUACGUGCCUAUGCCUAUAUUUUAAGUGGCUCCUAAUAAGAAAAUAAUGUGUUUCUCUGGCAAUGCUUUUCAUUUCAGGUAAGCAUUGGUGCCAGGGUAUUCUGUAUACUAGAGAUCAGAUGAUUUACACUGGUGAAAACAUUAUUAUUCCUAGUUGCCACACACCACAGGUAAACAGAAAUAGGUGACCAUAUUUUGAAGUGAGUACAGAAAUAUGUGAUAUAAUUGCAAUGAUUGAAACGACGGAGUAUAAUGCUAAAGAGUUCUAUUGUGCGGAAAUGUGUGCACAGCAGCCCCAUUGUAUUACGCAGGCCAGGUCACCGCACAGGAACAAAAUGAGUGUGAAGAGCCCCUUCACCUCUAAUCAUCUGCAGACAAAAAGUGCACCUUUUAUUCCUCCCCCCGACUUGAUAUAAAGGUUAGAUGGACUCUGUACUCAUCAACAGAAGUGUUGCAUGCAGACAACAGACGCAGCGUUUCCUCUUCAAAUUCCGAGGUUAGUAAUGGAUGUAGAGAGGGGGUUUCAUAUGUAUAUGCUGUGAUAUUUGCUCUCGUUAAUGGACUGUGUUUGAGUACUUACUAGGCUAAGUUCAAACAAAAUAAAAUCAAAUUUCCAUUUAAUGAAGAGCCUCACAUUCAGCACAGUAUUCAGUCAAAAAAAUUACUAAAAAUUAGAGCAUGUUUCUAGUACAAUUAACAUCAUUUGCACUCUCAAUAAAAUAUUCAAUAACUGGCCAUUUUGCCUGUUGAGGAGGUGAAUAAAAGCAUGCUAUUAAUCAUUUAGCCUUCAUUUGUUUGCCAUUUUAUUUUAAGUAGACAAUUAAAUUGAAACUACACAUUAUUAUUACUUCAGGUUUAAUUUAAUCCCUUUAAACUUGAGAAUUAUUCCCAAUUUAUACAAUGUUAAACCUUUUACGCAUAUGACAGCAAAUUAGAUUUUGUUUUAGGCACCGAGUUAACACUUUCUAAACAAUGUUUAAAGGUGACAGUAACCCUGAAAAUUUUAAUUUUAGUUUUAUACAGCUAUAAGGGCAAAACUGCAUUUAUUCCACCCACCAAUUUUUGCCUCUAAAGAAGCGGCCUUGUUUGUUCAGCACAGGGCUUUCUGUUAGGAACGAAAAGAGGAUGUGUUGGCACUGCUUCUGCUUUUCUUUCUGGUCCUUUCUCACAGCCCAGCUCCAGAAACCCUCUGGUCCAUGAUCUCAGGGCUGCUGCACCACCCCGAGCUCUGACGGUUCCAUCUCACCCUCCUACACUGGUGUUUUAGCCGAGAAAACAUUGCGUCCGUGUUGGAGAAAUGGGUGCAAUGAGUGUGGCUAAGGUGAAACAGCACAUCUUUGUGUGUAACUAAGUCCGUAGAUGCUCUUAAUAGCAUUUUGGCAAUACAAACUGGUCUUGAAUAUAUCAUAUAUAUGCUGAGGAGCAUAAAGUUUAGCGUCAGAACUAUUCUACUCAUCUACUAAAAUCCUAUGCCUUACCUUCCGCUGCCAGCAUCCUUUUGCAUUUCAUUUGUAUAUUGAUUUGCACCACACUCAGCUCCUUCUUGUUCUUUUGAACUCUCUUCCUCCAAGCUGUCUUCUUCUAAGCUGUCGUUCUCCAGCUCGUCAGAACACAGUCCUACCAGCUCUUCAUUUUGGCGAAUGCGCCGCUGGAGUUGUAUCUGAUACUCUCUCUCCUGAACAAGGCUUUCGAAAUCAGAGUCUUGGGAGUCCCGCAGGCUGGAGGCGAAGCUCCCUUCUCUUACAGGUGACCUUUUCCAACUCGCAGGGUGGAAAUCUGGUUGCGUGAGUGUGCGCUGGGGAAAACCUUUUUUACUUAUGUUGCAAGUGUGUGGAGAAGAAACUGAAAUAUACUUUGUACCUGAAGAAUUAACUCCGUGUUUUGCACCGAUCAUAUACCCCAGCCCUGUAUUUGGAAAACGUGAGAGUAAAAAUAAAAAGGUUGUUCACUCUGUGAUAAUGAUUAUAUUUGUUAAAAGCUGGAAUAGUGCAGAGUAUCAUUGGCUUAGGCUUGGAAUUCGAUCUUUUCUAUUAAAACUAUUAUUUAUUCUCAUCAGUUAUGAUGAUUUUCCUUUAAGUAGUUAAUAUCAAGGUCCCGAUGCAGCAAAUACAUGACUUAUUACUAUGAAGAGUAUCUAGUACUCUCUAACUACAAUUUGAGUGCUAACAAAGCUGAUAAUAUAUAGACAGCUUAAGAAAAAGAAAAUUAAGCUAAGACAAAGCAACAAAACUUUAUCUGUUAACUUCUGAGGAGUCAAAGAAAUCUCAUAUGUUCUUUUCAUUCAACUUUAUACCAUCUUGACAUUUAAGCUAUCAGCAAGAAAGUGUGUGGCAGAACACCAUGAAAAGAACUGGAACACUUAAAUUAGAGAGUUUCUUCUCAUUUGAUUGCAUUUAAAUGUUCGUAAGUCAUUUGCACCACCGGAUACUUCCAAGAGGAAUUUUCUGGAAGGCCAGAGGCAGCAGAAAUGCACAUUAGUCAGUUACAUCCCAACCCAGCCCUUUAAAGCUACUUGGUGAGUUUCUCUUCAGCACACGGGCAACUGUUGAGAUACGGAAAUGCAAAAUAUAACUUCUAAUUUUUCAGGGUUGCCACUGCUCGUCACACGCGAGUUUACCCCCCGGGGAGGCCUCUGUCACCUGGGCGGCUGCCGGUGUCCAUCGCUCCGGUCACAUCACCGUGGUCCGUGGCCUGGGAGCCCCUCAACCCGCCUGAGAGAAGCCUUGCCCCCAAAUCCCCUCGUCCUGUCCCCUCACCCUGUCCCCUCGCCCCCAAAUCCCCUUGUCCUGUCCCCUCACUGAUUCCAGUUCUGCCCCAAGGCCUCGUCCCCGGCCCCCGUUGCCAUGGCUACAGCGGCGGACGCCGCGCCGCACCUACCAAGGGUGAGGGCGGCGGGGGGAGCGCGUUCCCCCCCGGCCCGCGGGGAGCGUGGUAGCGCCCAGGAUGGGCGGAGCCACUUUCCACCUGAAAAUGGAAUUAUUUACAGGAGUCGCUUCACGGGCUUUUGUUUAAUUCAGUAUUCAAAACCAGUUUUGAGCGUUUUUCUUAUUUCUGGUGAGAAAUAAAAUAAAUACAGCU